UCACAAAUCUUCGUGCCACACUUUUCUACAUCUUUCCGCUAUAAUAAAUAUAAUAAUAAAUAAAUACUACUUCUCUUCCUACACUGCAACUGCUCACACAAUGGUGGGAAGAAAAUGGUGGUGUUUCGGUAAUCAAAGCUCCGAUGAUCUUGACCCGGUACUUUUGGUGACCGGCGUAGGCGGGUCUAUUUUGAACUCGAAGCCCAAGAGCUGGUUCGGGUUCACGACCCGUGUUUGGGUCCGUAUUCUUCUUGCUGAUUUGGAGUUUAGAAAGAAAGUUUGGUCCCUUUACAAUCCUGAUACUGGCUACGCAGAAGCAUUGGAUGAUAGUUCUGAUAUUGUUAUUCCACAAGAUGAUUAUGGACUUUAUGCGAUUGACAUUUUGGAUCCGUCACAUUGGAUAAAAUGUUUGCACGUGACGGAUGUAUACCAUUUUCAUGACAUGAUUGAUAUGCUUGUUAAUUGUGGAUACAAGAAAGGAACCACAUUGUUUGGCUAUGGAUAUGACUUUCGCCAAAGCAAUAGAAUUGACCAGUCAAUGGAUGGCCUCAAGGAAAAGCUGGAGACUGCAUAUAAAGCUUCGGGGGGUAGAAAAGUCAACCUUAUCUCACACUCGAUGGGGGGAUUGUUAGUAUCGUGUUUCAUAUCACUUCAUUCUGAUGUGUUUGCUAAGUAUGUGAAUAAGUGGAUAACCAUUGCAACCCCUUUCCAAGGUGCACCAGGAUGCAUCAAUGAUUCUCUUUUAACUGGAUUACAAUUUGUGGAAGGUCUUGAAAGCUGCUUAUUUGUUUCAAGGUGGUCAAUGCAUCAACUGUUGGUAGAAUGCCCAUCGAUCUAUGAGAUGCUGCCUAAUCCCGAGUUCAAAUGGAAAAAGCAACCUGAAAUUGUGGUCUGGAGAAACGAUUCCGAAAAUGGACAAGAUUUGGUCAAAAGGGAAACAUAUGGCACAUCUGGAUGUGUGGACCUAUUUGUAGAAGCGUUGAAAGACAAUGAGAUAGAAUAUAACAAGAAGACCAUACCUUUGCCAUUCAAUCAUGAUAUCUACAAAUGGGCUGCUACUACACGCAAGAUGUUAAACAGCGUGCAGCUACCCGCAGGGAUAGAUUUCUACAACAUUUAUGGAACAUCUUUGGAUACACCUUUUGAUGUUUGUUAUGGUUCAGGAACUGAUCCAAUUAAUGAUCCAUCUGAGAUAUGCCAUACACUGCCUGAAUACUCAUAUGUGGAUGGAGAUGGAACAGUCCCUGCCGAGUCUGCAAUGGCAGAUGGAUUUAAAGCGAUAGAGCGAGUAGGGAUUCCAGGUGCUCACCGGGCACUACUAAGAGAUGAACUUGUAUUUGAAUACAUAAAAAAGUGGUUGGGAAUCCAAGAACGGGGCGGGUCACAGGUAAAGAGCUCUAAAGUUGUUGAUGUUGGUUCAUCUUGAACCUUACAUAGUGUUUUUGUAUCCUAGUAAUUCGUGAUCCUAUGAAGGAAAGAACAUGCAAAAGUAUUAGUAGGUUAUUGUCAUCAUUGUGAAAUAAGUGUUGCCAUCAUGGGUUGUCAUGCUAAAAUCCGUUGGCAAAUUGUUAAAUUAGUCAUUAGAUAUGUUGUAUUACUUAUAUGCCCCUUGCGCUUUUGUCUAAAUCAUAGUGUUCUUGAUAAUGUUGUACUGUAUUA